AUGGCAGAUAUUGUAGCCAGUGAUUGCAGUACUAGACAAGACAUUUCUCCAACUGAUGAUAAUAAGAAUAUUCUUGAGAUUAAGAAUGAUGUUUUAGAAAUAUCGACUUCAGAUGCUGCUAGAAUGACUUCUUCAAGUGAUAACGAAACGUAUAUUAGUGAAAAAUUACUAUUGCAUAAGGAAAAUACUAAUUUGGCAAGAUUUGACUUAUCAAUGACUGAUAUAAUUAGUUACAAUCAGCUCCAAAAAUUACAAUCGAAUAUAAAUGAUCGUAUUAAUGUGAAAAUUGUGAUAGUUGGUGAUAAGAAUGUAGGUAAAACCUCUUUACUUUUGACUUAUUUGAAUAACGGUAAAUAUCCGCAAGAUAAAGAAGUACCCAAUAUUUUACAAGACUAUAGAACCAUUAUUGAUGGUCCAAAUAAUAAAAAAUAUGAACUUUCUCUUUGGGACGUUUCUGCAAAUGAAGAAGAUGAAAGAUUGAGACCAUUUUCCUAUUCAGAUGCUCAAAUAUGUUUUGCCUGUUAUGCAAUUGACGAUCCUGCCUCAUUAGUUAAUCUUGAAAAUACAUGGGUCCCUGAAGUAAGGCAUUUUAAUCCUCGCACAAAGAUCUUUUUAGUAGGUUUAAAAAGCGAUCUGUAUAAUGAUGAUAAUUUUGAUACAGAAGAUGAUUUAAUUGAUUAUGCUUAUGCUAAUUCAGUUUCAAAAAAUUUGCAUUUAAACGGUCAUUUCCAAAUAUCGUCUCUGGCAAAAUAUAAAAUCGAUGAAUUAUUCGAUAAAUCAAUGACUACUGUAUUACAUGAGACAUUGGCGGAAAAUCAAAAUGCCACGCAAAUAUUAAAGGAUGCGUUCAAUAUCAAAUUACCAAAACCUGAUAAAAAUAGGAAAGAGUUAAAGAAAUCUAAAAAGAAAAAAUUCAAGUGUACUAUUCUUUGA